GCAGGUUUUGACAAGCAGCUCCACCCACCUUACGACGGCAGGCGGCAGCAACGACAGACCGACAUCUCUUCAAGGACUUGCACACUCUCAGGGACACGCCGGCUCGCAUUGACGCUCCAGCUCAUCCCCAUUGCUCCGCUCGGCAAACAUACCACAUCAUCACGUUCACCCAUGCAACAACGUCGUCGUUUACAUCCGGCGACUACCGCGGCUUCUGCUCUCGGGCCGAAGAAGAAGCAGCUGACCCCAAAGCCCAACGUUCUUCAAAUGAAGAAGAAAGGUAGCGAGAUGCGUUUCCCUAUCUAUCGCCACGUUUCGUCGCCGCAGUCUUAUCCAAGGUGCCAAUGUAGUCGUUGAUCCGCCAGCGGACAAGUCCACGAAAAAGAAAAAAGGGAAAUCCCCUACCAUCGAAGCCUUGGCGGCAGGGCCGCCCACGUCGGUAUGGGGCAUCACGAACGAACCCCAGUCCCGACAAACCAAACCCGAGCAGAAAAAUAUGAGUACGUUGCCUGUGAAAACCCCCAGCUGGCACUGCGGCACCCUCUCUGGAUCGUUGGACGACAGGUAGAGCUGUGCAUGGGGACGUGUGUCCCUUGAUGUGCGUGUCCACUAAAAUAUGCGACGAUGCGCAGACUUCAUCAGGAAAUCGUCGAUUAUGCGCGCUACACCCGCGCCAUCGUAUCUGAAAUGGCAGUGCACAUUGAAAAGACCAUCGAUUUGGUGCGCGCCAGUGUGCGCAAACUAUGGCCCGAUGCGACCGUGGAAACGUACGGAUCGUAUUCUACCGGGAUUUGGCUGCCCAGUAGCGACAUUGACCUUGUCAUCCUGGGAACGUCCGACGACGCAAGCUCCCAUCUCAAGUGCUUGGCGGCGUCGUUGAAGCAUGAGAAAUGGGUCGAGUCCAUCUUGCUGGUCGAGUCGGCCAAAGUGCCGUUGCUGAAACUCGUCAGUACGGACUCGUCGGUACCCAUUGACAUUACAUUCGAAACGGCCAACACGCACAGCGGGUUGCUGGCUCGGGACUUGAUCAAGUGUUUGGUGGACGAGUUGCCAGAACUGUAUCCGUUGGCGAUUGUGUUUAAGCAACUUCUUCGCGAACGGGGACUGAACGACGCGUAUACGGGCGGUCUGAGUUCGUAUUCAAUCGUGCUCAUGAUUGUGCACUUUGCCCAAUUGUGGAGGGCUGGAUCAAACGCGUUCAAUGCGGCGCUCGUGUAUGCAUCGGGGUCCCUUCCCACCGAAGCCAUCUCAAUUGACAUGUCAAGAGAACCUAAACUCAAGCAAGAAAGCCCAAAGAAGAAACCAAACCCGUUGUCGGAUAAGUCUGCUCAACCUCCUCUUCUAAAGCCCGUCGCGGGUACGAGUCCCCCCGCUGCGCCGCUGCCAAAGUCGUAUGCCGCCGUGCUCGAACCGACAAAGAACAGCGUCAUGUCGUACGCGGCGGCGGCGGUCGGUCCCGUCCCGCCCAUCACGUAUGCGACGAUGGCUGCCAAGGAAGCGUCGUUGUCACUACCAAGUCAUCACAAAACAGCAGACGACCACCAUGACAUUGUGAGCGAAUCCAGCAGCCAAGCCGACACGGAAGACACGUCGGCCGACGAAGCAUGCGACGACGAGACCGUGCGCGUCGUGUGUCUGGGCGCGCACGCGCGGCAGCUGCUCGAGUUCUUCGGGUGUGUGUUUGACUACCGCAAGAGCGGGCUGAGCAUCCGCAACGGGGGCUUCAUCUACCGCCUUCGGGACAUGACCGACUCGACCAUGCACGGGCUCCAUCUGCGGCUCGUGGUGGAGGACCCCAUCCACCCCGACCGCAACGUGAGCGCCGCGAGCUUUGCGUUUCAAAAGGUUGUGGCCCUCUUUGAAGACGCAUACUUCGCCCUCGAGUACUUUCGCCCGACGCGAUUUACCCCCACGCCACUGAGCGUGCUCUUGAGCUGCUCUGGACACCGAGGCACCCAUCGACGAUACGUCCAAGCCGCCGUGGGCGGCGACACCGCCACCACCGGGGACGAAGAGGAUGAUGAUAGGGACGACUAGUGUGAUUGUGUUGGGCGCGUUGUAGUUUAAAAAUUGGAACUAAAAUAAGUUAUGCACUACACUACCGAAUGUAUGGCCCACACGGUGAAACAAUAGUGCAAGACUGGAAGGGCUGCAAACACAAGUACCAUGUGCACGGCGGUUCUAAGUUGACAUGAGUGUUGGAUGGAGACAGGUGUGCGACCUACUCGAUGGCGUCGGGGGCGUGGCGAUAGUACGCUCGCAGUUCGUUGAGCGUAGUAGCACUGGCAUGGCUCGUGGUGGCGCCAGCAUCUGCUUCCUCCUCGAGUGCCAUAAGUUGUCUCUAGCGGGCAGUUGACCAGUACGUCGGAUCACGGAGAAUGCAGAGCACAGAGGACUUCGAAGGCCGUUACUCGUCGGACCAAUGGAGCUCGACGAAGAAGAAGCUGCCGUUUGUUCUAUCCGUUGGUUUUAUUGUUGCCAUGUGCGGUCUCUCGCGUCAGUCUCGCCCAACGCUUGCCCGCCACGAUCGUCCCCCAGCCGUCCACACAUGUAUCCAUCCAGUAGAAACAAGUGUGUCGGGUAAGUU